GUGUCUUACUCAUCAACUUUCUCUCUCGGCAGAGGGCCAGUACUUCAGCGAGGAGCAGAUGCGCGUGCGAGACCCGCUGCUGUACGAGCAGUACAUCGGACAGUACCUCAGUGAAGAGGAGAUCCUGCAGCGCUCGGAGGAGGCCAUGAGGAGCGGCCCGGGGGGACUCGCUGACCUGCUUAUCAACUCCUACCAGGAGAAACUGAUCCAGAACCGCCUGGAGGAGGAGCAGGAGAGAGAGCAGUGUGCGCUGGAGGAGUCCGAUGAGGAAGAAAGCGACGAGCCCAGGCAGACAGAGUGGGAGCCCAGUGCGGAAGAGAAGGCCAUGCUGAGAGAGGAGUUCCUCAGUCAGAUGCAUCAGCGCUUCCUGGAUGGCAAAGAUGACUUCAACUACAGUGAAGUGGAUGAGAAUCCAGAUUAUGAUAACCUUGAUAUUGUAAGUCAUGAUGCAGAGGAGCGCUACUUUGAUGAAGAUGAUGAUGAUGAUGAGGAGGAGGAGGAGGANGGAAAACGAGGAUGUGGAAGAAGAAAAAGAAGAGGAUAUGAUGCAAUAGAUCUUAAUGUGUAGAAUGUUCUCAAAACAGAAAAAAUAACUAUGUACGUUUGUCGUAUUUCUACUGCUUGAUAUUUGUCAGUCUAGGUAAAUGUGUUUAUCAGCACUUUGUGCUCUGUAAUAAAAGAAUGCUAUUUUUCAA